GCUCCUUUUCGCAGGAUCAGUCGGCAUCACCCUGGCCACGCCCAGCUCCUGCUGAGACCUUCAGUUUCGAUUCUCCCUUGCAAGCCGAGGCCCGAGAAGCGCUCUGGUAGGUUUCGUUCACUCACUGGAGGCUGUGGAGAGAAGCGGCGAGCAUGUCCGACCCUGCCGUCUGCAGUUUCAUCACAAAGGUCCUGUGCUCCAGAGGGGGCCGCCUGGAGUACAGUGAGCUCCCCCAGCACGUGGGGCUCUCCGAGAAGCAACUACAGCAGAUCCUGGAGGAUGAGGGGCCGGAGAGAUUCUUGAAGCUGAAGCAAGAGGGGUCCACUUGGGUCUUGGCUGUCUCCGCCGUCCGAGUCUGCGUCCGGCAGACGUGUGAGGGCUGCGACGAUCUCCACCUCUGCAAGCUCAACCUUAUGCGGAGAUGCAGAAGCCGGGCCUGUAAGUACUCUCAUGAAGUUUUCUCAGAGGAUAACAGAAAAGUCAUGAAGAAUCAUGAACUCUCAGGCCUCAACGAGGACGAACUGCGUGUUCUGCUUCUCCAAAAUGACCCUUUUCUCUUACCUGAUGUAUGUAAUUUCUAUAACAAAGGGGAAGGGAACUGCACCCAGCAGGAUAAUUGCCCCAGGCUUCACAUUUGCCGCUACUUUCUUAAAGGGCAAUGCCGGUUUCCCCGAUGCAAGAGGUCUCAUAGUCUGUUGCACCCAAGGGUACUGAGCCUGCUCCUCGCAGACGGGGUGGACGAUAAGGUGGCUUGGAAUAUUCAGACAAUCUGUGAACACAAAACUGCCACACUGUCCAGAGAGUUAAGUCAGCAGAGAGCUGCUGCUAAUAUUACUACUUCAAACACCAGACAUGCAGCAAAUGGAAACAGAGGGCAAUCAAAUGCCGGGGAUCGGAGAGAAUACAUCCAGCCAGCUGCGAAUAUGUUCUCUUUUAUGGGCUCAGGGCUUCGCCAAGCAGGUUCCUCAAACCUCAGACCUGCGGCAAGUGGAGAUGGAGUCCCGACCAGUCCUGGAGAUAGGAGAAAUGACCUCUAUACAUCCACUUCUCUUAAGCCUGCUCUUGCGGACCUGGGACUUGACCAAACAGGUUCCUCAAACCUCAGACCUGCGGCAAGUGGAGAUGGAGUCCCAACCAGUCCUGGAGAUAGGAGAAAUGACCUCUAUACAUCCACUUCUCUUAAGCCUGCUCUUGCGGACCUGGGACUUGACCAAACAGGUUCCUCAAACCUCAGACCUGCGGCAAGUGGAGAUGGAGUCCCAACCAGUCCUGGAGAUAGGAGAAAUGACCUCUAUACAUCCACUUCUCUUAAGCCUGCUCUUGCGGACCUGGGACUUGACCAAACCGGUUUCUCAAACCUCAGACGUGCAGCAAGUAGAGAGGGGGUCCAAACAAGUGCUGGAGAUUGGACAAACUACUUAAAUACACCCACUUUUCUCAAGACUGCUCUUGCGGACCUGGGACUUGACCAAGGUGUAAAAGCAGCUUCUACUAAACUUCCUCAGAAUACGGAGCAAAAGAAAAUUGAUGAGAUAUGCGUGUACUAUGUCUGGCGAUUCUGCAAAAAUAAAAAUAACUGCAACAUGAUCCAUUAUGAAUUGCCUUAUCGAUGGCAAAAACAUACUGGAGCUGAAUGGAAAGACUUUGCCAAUAUGGAGGUUAUUGAAAAAGCCUAUUGUGACCCUAAUAGUAUCAGUGUUGUGGAUGCAAACAUCAACUUCAAGACCAUGCUUUCCUACAUUCACCCAGUUCGACGCCUGUCUACGCCAUCAUCUGUCACCAAACCUGCAAAAUUUGUAAUGACAACAAAGUGGCUUUGGUACUGGAAGAAUGAUGUCGGCCAGUGGAUUGAAUUUGGAAAACAGGAUGGACAGACCCAAGCCUCUUUAAGUUCGGAUGAUCUGGAGAAUUUAUUCCUAGCAGAUCCAAAUGGUGGUAGUAUCCAGUUCAAAGCAGGCUCCCAGCAAUACGAGAUUAACUUUAAAGACAUGACCCAGAGAAAUCUGCAUUUUCUGACUCUGAGGGAGAUCCGGAGGCGCCCCAAGUUUGUUUCUUCUGAUGAUGUAAAGAAAAAGAAAGGCCACGUGGAUCAUGCUGCACCAUCUACUCAAGAAUCAAAUCAUCCUAAGGAGUGGGAUAAAUAUGCACUACCCGACAUUGGGUACAAGGCUAUCGAACUCAGCAAAAUAUCUCCUGAAUACACUAAAAUUGAGACUCUCUUUCAAAAGACAAUGAGCAAUUAUGUCAUAACCAGAAUAAGGAGGAUUCAGAACCCAUCCCUUUGGCAAGUCUACCAGUGGCAAAAGGAGCAGAUGAGGAAGAAAAAAGGAGGAAGGGAUAUAGCCGAGAGGCUCCUGUUCCAUGGGACUGGUUUUUCUACUUUGGAAGCCAUCUGUAAUGACAACUUUGACUGGAGAAUCUGUGGAACUAAUGGAACAGUCCUUGGGAAAGGAAGCUACUUUGCCAGAGAUGCACAGUACUCCCACAACUAUUGUCAGCCACAGGCAAAGGUGAAGACCAUGUUUGUGGCUCAGGUUCUGGUUGGUGAUUUUAUUAGAGGGAAUGCAGCUUACACUCGUCCACCAGCAAAAUCAGCUGACAUGCUCAACUGUUACGACAGCUGUGUGGAUAACACAUUAAACCCAUCUAUCUUUGUCAUCUUUGAGAAGCAUCAGAUUUAUCCUGCUUAUAUGAUUGAUUAUAGUGAAGAAGAAAAGAAAUGUGUUUUGUCGUAGACACCUGGAAGAUCUCUUAAAUGCUGUAACAGCUGUAUCUAAUUUACAUGCUUGAGUAUUCUUGGUGGUGGUGGGUGGGUAGCAGUUACAUUUUAGAGCAGCAGUAUGUGCCUUCACAAUGGAUAAGAAAUGUUUAGUCACUGCUGUUGAGCAAAUCAGAAUCUUGUAUUCUAUUUUUAUCAGUGGGGCAAUUUUUUUUAUCCAUGCUCAUUUUUAUCAAUGAACAGUUGGCUUGCACUGCAUGAAAGAAAACGAUUCACUGAAUAAUCCACUGUAGUAGACUGAUCUGUGAAAAUGGCAACGUUUUCAUUAUUGUCUCUCUAACUGAUUUUAUUCUUUAAAUAUAAAGGGCAGAUUAAGAGUCUCUUGAAUGUUCAGCCUUUAACGUAUUACGAUUUUAAUAGAUGGGUGUUUAAUCCAUCAAACGAGGUAGGACAGGCAAAAUGAUGCAUAAGUGCUCUAUCCUACUAGACGAGUAUUAAUCUUCGAUGUUCCAGGGAAGUGGAAUUGUAUCAUAAAAUAUUCCUAUUCGCUCUGGCACAAUACAAGUUUAUUUCGCACAUAUGUCUUAUUUUAUUCCAUGGUGCAGUGUUCACUAUGAAAAUCAAUGAAGUCAGAUCCAUGGUAAAGUUUUCCUUCCUUUUAUAUUUCAGUUAAACAGCAUAGUCAUGUCUGACAGCCAUUAGUAGUUGAACAUGAAGAUUAGUUCUCUGUUAAGUUUAUUCGAGCUGAAGCCUUUUGACAUUAAAUAACUUUGCCCAAGGAGACUUGGUAACUUAACUACAGUAAGCAACUUUGAUCAAAUGUGUAAAGACUAUUUCUAGUUCGAUUAUUUUUUAAAAUAUAGAUUAGAAAUUAUAUUGUGCUGUGCUGGAAAUAUCAAUAGGAGAUGCAUCUCUGCACAUAUGUGGCAUCUGCUUGCAAUUACUGCUGAGAUGCACCAUCCUAAGAAAGCCAUCCUGGCGGAGAAAUGAAAGAACGACAUAUGGAAGAGACACAUUUAAUAAGAUUUAAUAUUUUCUAGAGGGUGUCUUUAAAAUUUGCGGUCGUCUCACCACCUCCCCUCUUUGUUGUGCUUCUGGUUUGUCUAUAAUGUGCUGUAGAGGAGUGUUGCACAUGCGGUGGGUGGGAGUUUGCUGUAGGUUCGGUGAAUGGGUUUGUGUAAAAAUUUGAAAGCAAUAAAAAUCCUUUAAGCUG